AUGUACAUCCCCCCCCUCGUCUACCUCAUCCCCUUCCUCGCCCCCGCCCCACCCCCACCCAGUACCCUCACGUUCAAACCCUCCUACGCCCACUCCCACUACGGCCCAACUAAUGGGUCUGCUGCCCCAGAGCUCUUUCUGCGCGACUCGUCCGAGUCAGCAUCCUUCCAUGCUCAGGAUUAUUCCCUAGAAGGGCUCGAUAUCUUUGGGCUGACACAGGGCGACUUUGAUGCCAGUCUGUUGUUGGCGGAAGGGGAGAAGGAGGCUGGCUUGACGAUACGCACAAAGAAAGGCCUGAUACGCCGGCCAAAGCAUCGUCCGCCCCGGAUCACCUCUUGGGCUCUAUCACAGCGCAGCAAACUCUCACUGGCUGCUUACAACUCGUCUUCGGCCUGGGUCGCCCCAUCGACCUCCUACAACCCAGACGAGUGGAUAGAGGAGGAAGUGACCGUACCCGAUGUGUCUGAUAGGCAGACGCUCAUUGCUCUUGCCAAGAUGGCUAGCAAUGCAUACGUGCUACCUGGUGGUGACGGGUGGUAUCCGGUGGAGGGAUGGAAUGGGAAUUGGAGCGAUAGUAGUGGAAAGGGAACAGUGCCUUUUGGGUGGGAAGAAGGUGCCGAUGGGCUGAGAGGGCAUAUCUUUGCGGAUGAGAAGAAUGAAACGGUGAUUGUAUCUAUCAAAGGUACCACUGCUGGUGUACUCGGUUCCGGAGGACCUUCUGCCAAGAACGACAAGUUCAAUGACAACUUGCUCUUCUCUUGCUGCUGCGCCAGGGUAGACUUUUCGUGGUCGACUGUCUGUGACUGCUACUCUGGAGGCAACAAGUGCUGUCAAACAUGUCUGGAAGAUGCCGUAGUGGCUGAGAGUGUGUAUGCGACUGUCGGCACAAACCUCUACAACAACAUCACUUACAUGUACCCCAACGCUACCAUAUGGUUGACUGGUCACUCUCUCGGAGGAUCCGUCGCCUCCCUCAUUGGUCUUUCCUUUGGCGCCCCGGUAGUCACCUACGAAGCCCCUGGAGACCUUCUCCCAGCUUCUCGUCUUCACCUCCCCCUCCCUCCCGGACUUCCUGCUGACCUUACGGGUAUCACUCACGUAUACCACACCGCCGAUCCUGUCCCCAUGGGAGUAUGUAACGGCGGUUACAGUGGGUGUUACGCAGCUGGUUUUGCUCUGGAGAGCAAGUGCCACACGGGGGAGACUAUUCUCUAUGACACGGUACAGGAGAAAGGGUGGAGUGUGGAUAUACGGACGCACAGGAUUGGGGAGGUCAUCGACAAGGUGUUGAAGGACCCGUGGCCUGUCAAUGGGACGGGUGAAGGGAAGAAGCAAGUCGAUGUCAGCGGGGGCGCUUGGGAAGCUGUUUCUGGGCUGAUUCAGUACUUGGUCGACCCUGCCAGGCUGGCUCUCAAGCCAGCUGCUGAGCCCAUACGAGCCCACGGCACUGGCGAGGAUGAUGCCUCGGCUUUAGGGGCCAUCAGAGCGCAAUGGGGCUGGGGUCGUAGAGGGCCCAAGAAGGAUAAGAAUAAGAAGGAAGAUGACGACGAUGACGACCAAUGGCAUAAGCAUGGAGGAGUGCCGAAGCCGGUCUCGGAAGAAGACUGCGUGGAUUGCUUUAAGUGGGAAUUUGGAGAUUGGGAGUAG